AAAAAAACUACGCUGUCAACAUAGGUCUAAAAAAAAAAAAUCUAGAAUGCCAAGUGUUAUAGGUGAAGGUCGUCGGUUCUACUGAAACUAUGAGAGGUGAUUGUGUUAUUUGCACUUCAAAGACUGCAUUGCCUCAGUUUCUUUACAUCCUGAGGAGGGGGAUAAUUCUGCUCACAAGAGAAACCAACAAACAGAUGUAAGUUUCUUGUCUACAAAUACAAGCUAAACGACGGAAAACUAUGCUGGUAAGAAAUCUAUUUAUUAAUUAUUUUUCUGUGUGAAGGAAUGUUUUUUUUAUUCUAAUGUUAAAAAUUUGGGGUCAGUAUUGUGUGUGUGUGUGUGUGUGUGUGUGUGAACGGACGGAUACUUUUAUUCAGCAAGGACAUUUGAUAUUUAUAGCGUCACAAAAGUUCUCUUUUUUUAAUAAAUGCUUUUCUUUACAUCAAAGAGUCAUGUUUCCACAAAAAUAUUAAGCACCACAACUGUUUUCAACAUCGAUAAUAAAUGUUUCUUGAGCACCAAAUCAGCAUAUUAGAAUGAUUUCUGAAGGAUCAUGUGACACUGAAGAUUGGAGUAAUGAUGCUGAAAAUUCAGCUUUGUCAUCACAGGAAUAAAUUAACUGUUAAAUUUUAAAAUGUAUUAAAAUAUAAAAGUUAUUUUAAUUGUAAUAUUUCACACUAUUACUGGUUUACUGUAUUUUUGAUAAAAUGAAAAUAUAAAAUAAAUGCCUUGGUGAGCGUAGGAGACUUCUUUCAGAAACAAUAAAAAUUCUUACCUACCCCAAAACGGUAGAGUAUGACUAUAGAAUGACUUCCUAAAUUGAGGACUUCUAUCUUUUUCGAAGACAAUUUGUUGUUAUUAAGAAUUAUUGCUGUAUUGUGUAAAAAACAAAUACCACGGGAAAACUCAGAUUUUGGUGAAAUUUAAGAAAGUCUAUCCAACACAAACUUUUUAUAUAGAACAUUUAUACGUUUACGUUUAUAAAAGCACAUUUUUACUUAUCAUUUUAAUAUAGGCCUAUUUAAUUUAGUCUCAUUGCCCAUAAACAUUUGUAAAUAAUUAGUGCUUUUUCUUUGUGUUUUAUGCUAAACUAGAUAAUGCCUUUUGCGCCUUGUGUUUCUAUUGGCAUAUUACUGUUGCCAUGGUUUCCAUGUACUUGGGGGAAGUGCAUCUUUGACCAAGUUCAGAGAUCAAUCAAAGUUGUGUCCCCGCCCACUGGUCAAUACGCCUCUGCUCAUUGGCCCUUGAGUGAAACCGCAAUCAACGUACCUGUCACUGCAUCAGAGAAGAAUCCAGCGCUUUACAGUUCUAAACCUCAAAGAUCUAAAAGAGCAGAGAAACAUGUAGAAUCCAUGGCGGCUCCACAACCAAUCAGGAUCAAGAUCUGGAUACCCUCAGAAAGCCCCGCCCUCUCAGACUGGGAGAGAGAGAGACUAAUGACCGCAGUUGAUGAGGCUGUGAAUGAAGUUUCCAGUUUACUGUCAGUGAGACGAGUUCCUGAUAAUCUGUUGCUGAACAGAGACAUAAACAAAUACUGCAAAUUCAUCUGGAGAAACAGUAGCACUGUUAACCACAUGAAAUGUGGCAGAGCCAAAGAGAACUACAGAUUCGAGAGCUGCUUGGGCAUGAAUAUCCCAGAUGAGCACCUAGAUGGCUGUGCUGUUUAUCCACAUCCUGAGCAUCCAGUUCCGACAGUGCUGAGGCCAGAGGGGACAGGAGUUCCUGACACUGACUUCCUGCUCUAUGUGUUCACUCACAGCACAGAUAAAUGCAGAGCAGAGUCUAGUUUACUGGCUUAUGCUGCUCACUGUCAGGCAGAUCCAGAGGGGCGUCCUCUGGCUGGGACUAUGGUCAUCUGUAGAGAGCCGCUCAAUUUGGAAAGAUACACACAUGAACACUAUGUGCAGACAGUGAUCCAUGAGCUUUUCCAUGUGUUGGGCUUCAGCAAAGAGCUCCUCAGCCAAAGGAAGGAUUGUUCUGUCUCCUCUCAGGCUGGUGUAGACUGCUGGUCUCAUGGUCAGGUGAUCAGCACAGACGAGAUGGGGCAGGUUAGACUCUAUUCUCCUACUGUGAUAAAAGCAAUGCAGAAACAUCUCAACUCUACCCACACUGACCUUGGAGCUCCAUUAGAGAACAAGGAUGUUGGUUCAGACGGUCUCUCAUCACACUGGGAGGCCCGUGUGCUUCAGGGCUCCAUUAUGGCAGCUUUACUGGUGGAGCCGUCUUUAAUUCGCAUCGAUCACAUCACACUCGCUGCCCUCCAGGAUACAGGAUGGUAUUCAGUGAACUUUAGCCAAGCUCAGAGCCUGGUGUGGGGAGAGGGUAAGACAUCCACUAUUGAGCCAGCAAAACAGUCCAGUUUGCUGGUUUACAUACAUAAAGAUACAUAUCAUGCACUUGUUGAAGCUGGAGUCAAACCUCAGACUUGCCUGUUUACUGUUUUACCAAUCUUGCUGUGUGGUUCUGUGUGUGUUUUAGGUGAAGGCAGUCAGUUUGGGUCCCUCUCUACCUGUCAUAAUUCUUCAACUUUCUUUUGCACAGACAGUGCAUUGGGUUGUCACUACCUUCACUUACACAAGGGGAAGUGUCUCACUGAUCCAUACCUGGAUGGCUGCCACAUUUUCAAACCCCUGGCAAAUGCUAGUGAGUGCUGGAACAAGGAGAAUGAGAGGAGUGGAAUGAAUGAAGGAAGUGGAGAGAUAUAUGGCUCAGACAGCCGCUGUUUCAUAUCCAACCUCACCAGACCGAAUCAUUCAUCCUCCCGUGCAUCAGUGGCAGGUCAUUGUUACAGACACAGAUGCACUGGAAGAAACAAAUAUCAAAUUCAAGUAAGGGAUUCUGAUUGGUUGGAUUGCCCAGCUGGAAAGAGUGUUGAGGUGUCUGGUUAUCAGGGUUUAGUUUUUUGCCCAGACAACAGAUUAUGUAAAUAUUCUGAUUUAGCUCCUCCUACAUCAAGGCAAAAGGCAGAUAACCUUCUUAAUGUUGGUGCAUCCAUUGAAAGUGAUCAUGAUGUGAAAGAGAACGAUGCCACUCCUCAGCCCAGUCUCACGCCUUUCUCCUUAGUCAUAGUUUCUAAGGAAGAGAUCGUUGUGGCAGCAGUGUUGAGCAUCAUGGCUGCUUUCUCUCUACUGUCUUCUGCAGUGCUCAUCUACAGGAAGUGUUCAUCAGCCAGGGUCAGAGUACAUGCUGCCAAUGAGCCUCCAUACAGGUCGCCGUUGUCACCCAUCCAGUGCAUCAGUAGGAACUGAUGGUAGAACCAAGCAUGGACAAUAAAAUUCAGGAAGUUAAUGAAGGCUAAACCAUUUUUUAAUGGCAGCUGAAAACAAAACAAAACAAAAAAAAAAUUAACUGAAACAUUUAUAUAUGUCUACUUGUCUAUUCAGGUAUUCAUAUAGAAAUCAAUAUAUAUUAUGCCACUAUUAUUCAGUCUUGUAAUCUUUUUAGGUGUACUUACAAAAGUCACUGAACAGAAACAUGAUUCUCAGAAUUUAUUUAGUCAACAAGAUUACAAUAGUUUUCAAAUUAUGUGGUUACAUUAUUAAGUAAAUUGAGAGCAAAAUAAAAAAAGCUAAAUUCAGACCAGUUUCUUAAACACUCCUGUUUGCCUGUGUCAACCAUUAUUUGGAAACAAUUAUUCCAUAAUAAUAACAAUAUAUUUUUUAUUCCACAAACAAACAGCAAUACACUGAAAGUGUCACAGAAACAACACUUUCAGAUAACCUACAAAUGUUUAACAAAAUAGUUUAUGACCGAAUACAAGAAAAUAAGAUAGAAAAAAGUUUUCAUCUUUACGUUUAUGAUACUAAACAGUUACAGACUAUGAUUAACUAAACUAUACUUCUGUAAAGAUAUAUAUUUUUUUAUUUUUCUUAAUAUAUUGAUGAGAUUAUUGGUUGAAUAGAAAGAUUAAUGAAUUUAUCUUCAAGUUUUUAAGAACUUGCAAUACAGUGCUUUUAUCCUUUUUGUAAAGGGCACAUCUUGUAGAUCCAUAGAGGAUGAAAGCAGCAAUAAAAAAUUCAUCCUGGUCUUUGCCUCAGGCUCAGGAAGUGUCAUUUGUGAAAGAUGAGUUACAAACAUUAGCUUUAGAACAUAUAUAGGUAUCAAGUAAAUUGGUAUCAAUAUAGUGAUAUCAGAUACAUUUAUUAAAAUGUGUUGUUUACAUUAGCAAUGACUUACUGGUCCUAGUGCUGUAAAAAUACAUGU